CCCUACCAAGUGGAAAGGCUCACACGCGCUCUACAGAUGGCACACAGCCGCGGUGGGAUGACAAUUAUUCCACGUCACCGACAUCAAGUCACCACGCCAGCAAUCACCUCUACCCAACUACCUCGAUAACAUCAAACGGCACGGCGUAUUCGGCUGCACCGCAGCCAUACACGGCCGCUCCAAGGUUAAGUGGGCACUUCAAUGCACCCACUCACAUCGAGAUGGAGCGCACAAAAUCCAAUACAAGCAAGCGCCGACGGGCUGCUGAGAAGAUGGACCGCAGUCCAGGCAGAAGCAAUAGCAAAACGAUUGAAAUAGUCUCCGAGGUCAAGAUGUGGGGCAGCAUGAUGAGAGGUCUGGUCCAUCGGUAAACGCAUUGCGCUCAUCGUGGUCCACGGCGCAAUGAUGCUUCCUUCGAGGAGGGUUAGUUGGUGGCUCACGGUAUUUGCUUGCCUGUACAUUCCUUCGCUCGACAUGCUUCAACGAUACCCUUCCAGUCGAUACCAACACAAUACAAGACUGUUGUUAUACUUGCAUCCGUGAGAUGGGAGUCGGUUUUAGCCGUGCAAGCGAUGCUGGUGUCGCGCUUCUCGUUUCACUGCCCCUACAUCCAUCGUCAUCCAAUGACAUCAUCUCACUGAACCGGCAGGCGUACAUGCAUCACCACCCGCAACCCGCAGUCCCAGCCCCCGGACCAACACCGAUCGUCUCCCUCCCCCUACCCACCGUUUUCCUGCCAUGUCCGUUCACAUGUCCCCACUUCUCGAGUCAUCGCCUCAGGAACCGUGGGCGUUGUGGCUGUCCCCUGACUAAAGCAGUAGCGAUCGUUAAAGGUGCUCUGAACAUCAUUCCCCCUUCGGGAGAUGAUGGACAGAAUGGGCUGUCUUUGUGUCUUUGCCCUCUACCGUGUCUGUUCGCAACAGGAGCUGAGCAUGACGAUGGCGCUGAUAUGACGUCGGAAAAUAGCACAAUAGGCAUGUUGAUAUGUCCAUGAUGAAGACAUGGGCAAAAGGACGUAUAAAGCUCCGAUUACGCAUGCAAACCAGUUGACAUUCUUCAUCACAGACAUCUAUUUCCCAAUCAGCCAUUUCAUCAUCUGUCAAAACCCUUCUCUUAUCCGUCACAGUUAGCGAAGCAUUUGCAUCUUGUCUCUCCAACAAUCCACCACACAUUCCCAUUUACUUCCUUACAAUCGGUCGUAAAAGCAUCCAAUACGUCAUCACAAAUACCAAACCGCAUACAUAAACUCGCAAAAGAUGCAUAGCUCAACCGCCACAUCCCACAAGACCAUGGGCUCCACCUCAUCAACAUCCUCCACCUCCACACAAAAGCCCUACGAGCCUCUGACUCCUCAAUCUCCUGAACCUCCAUCUUCCACGCGGCACUCUCAAGAGGCUGCCAGAGUCGCAGAAGACUACGAGCCAUCCUCAGUUCAAC